GUUGUCUGCGAAGCGGUGCACAAAACGGACGUCAAACGGAAGGUGGCAAAAAGCAAAAAAAAAAAUAAAAACGCAUUGGGAAAAUACAAAAAAUAUUCAAAGCAACAACAAAUAUAACGUGAUUUUUAUUAAUGCCAAUUGCAUGUCGAUAUAUAAAUUCAAUAUAGUUUAACGUAUAUAGGAAAUCAAAUAUCUAUCGAAUGCGCCAGUGCAAUAUAAUAAAAAAUUUAUGAUACGAAAUAAAGAAAAAAAAUGAAAUAAAAACUCGCGCGGGAGCAAACAACCGAAAGCCAACAAAAUAUAAAGCGACAACAAAUAGAUAUACAAAUACUAAUCUAUAUAUAUCCAAACAUCGAUAUAUAUAUUUAGAUAAACUUGUUGCACGCGUGCGCGGCAUGCUGGCAUACUUUUAGCAGCGACUGUUUUCUUUGUUCAACAUUUCUGCUGCACAGCGUUGUAAAGUGCCUCGUUUGUGUUUCGUGUUUCGUGUGUCUAUGUGUUUUGUGUGUAUAUUCAUGCAUACAUAUGUAUAAUGUGCACUUACAUUGUAAUAUGGAGCGGCAUCAAGCAGCGUAUCAGCAACAUUGAAUACUAGCUUUAGCUACAUGUUGCUGCAACAUACGAGAAAAGUUUUUUCGACGCAUUCGCUCAUCGUCUCUCCACGCAGAGAGACAAUUGGCGAUUAAUCGAAGAAAAACGUAGUAGGAGAAAUAAAAACAGGAAUAAAACUCAGAUUUAUUCAGUUGUGUAAUAAUCACAUUCAAAAGGAAGAAGAUGACCACCAUGCCGGUGGUGUGGUGCACCGAUCCCAAUUCGGUGAACAAUAAGCCAACAGCCUUUGCCCUGCAUGGCAUACAGCUGCAGGGAAAUGUGACCGAGAAGCAGGUUAAUGCCUUGCGUGAACUGGUCAAUGCUGCGGCCGAGGGACGUCUUAUCCUGCCAUCGGAUGGCACAUUUAUGCUCUUGGACAGUGGCCUGAGCAUCGAGAGCUCGAUACUGGCUGGCGGCAAUGCGGGCAACAACAAGGAAACACUUGCUGUCGCUGGGGCAGCAGCUGGCAACAAUGACAUUCAUGUGGUGGACAAAAGUCCCAAGAACACAUAUAUACUGAUGCCGGUGAGCAACAGCAAAGCAACGGCAGCAACAACUACAGCAGCAACCACUGCAACAGCAACCAGCAAUGAGCAGUGCACGCCGGCAGCGAUUGCAGCGGCGGCAGCACAAUUGGAAUUCCUGCUGGAACCCAAAUACUCGACAUUCACACCGCCAAGCUCAACGCCCAGCUCGCUGGCCGACGUGGAGGUGGCUGGCGCCGAUGGCUAUGAAGAUGCUGACUUGGUGAAUGCGGGCGACGAGGAGGAGGGCGAUGGCGAAGGCGACGAUGCUGGUGAGAUACUUUAUGAGUUUCUGUGCUGUGCCAAGUGCAUGAAUGAGCAGCGUGCUGGACAUAACGGCACUUGUGCCAGUGCCAACCGGCGAUUGCAACGUUUUUUAAGGCAUUGCAGCGGCAACAGCAGCGAGUCACAGCAGCAGCAACAACAACAGAGACAGCAACAGGUCAAUGAACCCAACACAAUGUUGGACGAUCCUGUUAGCAGCAUUGCCAGCAAAUAUGCGCGACGCCACCAUCAGCAGCAGCAGCGGCAGCGACACAAGCAGCAUGCCACAGUGUCAAUGGGCAUUGCACGUAAUCGGCCCAACAAUCGUCAUCAUCAUCAUCACCAUCAUCAUAAUCAUCACAACAGCAGUAGCAAAUUACCCAUGCACAGUGUGAAAAUCUUUCAUAAUCGCAGCAGUUACAAUCCGCUCAGCGGCGCGUGUACUAUACCGACAUCACCGCUCACUGUGGGCGUGGGCGUGCCCCCAGCGACAUGUUCCAUACCCGAUCCCAGUGCCAGUUCCCAAACAACAACAACGACAACAACAACAGCAGCAAUGACGCGAACGACGACUGCGAAUACAGUGACGAGCGUUAACGUUGAGGCGGCCAGUUUGUCGGUGACAGCGGCACUGUCAACAUCGCUGCCGAUCUAUGCGAUUGUGAGCAAAAAGCGUGACGCGAACGUUGAAAAGACUGAAACGACGAUAACAACACCAACAACAGCAACGACGGUUAACAAUAACAACGCCAUGUUAGCUGCCGUGCCCGAGGAGCCAACAAUUGCCACAGUGCAGGAUUUGAUCAGUUUCGAUGACGAUGACAACAACAGUCAACAACAAUCACAACCACAACAGCAACAAAAUGCCAACUUAGCCAUAAACCACCAAUCAAACAAUUCAGCCAGAGAUAAUAUCUGUGAUAAUAACAAUCAUGUGGAUUUGCUGUGUGCUCCCAAUGAUCAACUGUGCGAGGAUACCAAUCUGUUGUCGUUGCUCGUAACACCGCCACCAACACCGCCCAAACCCAAUUCACCGGGCAGCAAUAAUUCGAGUCGCAAGACUAGCUUUGAUUCCACCUGCACCAUCAGUUCCAUGGACUCGGGUUUCAUGGAGAUGCAAAACAAAUUGGACGCGUUGGCUGCUGCUGCAGCCGCGGCCAGUGGCGGUGGCAAUGGAGAGAAGAUUGCGAGGCGCAACUACAAGGAAUGCUUGACGCAGUCGCGGAAUCGUCGCAAAUCCUAUGAAGAGUUUAAGGCCAUGUUUGCCGAUGUCGCACAGCCGGAUGCGUCGCGCUUGACGCGACGACGUUGCGGUAUGCUGCAGGAGCAUAAUGUGGGAGGAGCUGCUGUUGUUGCUGUUGAGGCAGCAAUAUCCACAAUACCAACGGCAGCAAUGCCAAUCGGGACAGCGGUUGAUGACGCAACAACAACUGCAAACAGCAGCAAUAACACUGUGAUGACAACGCUCGCCUCAAUAUCAGAACAAGAAACCACAAACACGAGCAGCAACAGCAACAGCAGCAACAACAUCAAACCGGAUUGCGCAAACGAGUUUGCUGCUGGUGCGACAACAACGGAUGAAAUGGAUACCGGCGACGAUCUAACAACAGUAACAGCAACAACAAGCUUUGCCAAUGCCGCCGCAACAGCAACAGCAACCACCAACACCACUACAGAAGCAAUGCGAAAGAAUUCAGAUUUUCUAUCGCAGAUACUCGAUCAUCAGUUGGCGGCCAAGGAGCAGCGGGAAAAAGCGCACAAGCGACGCACAUCAUACGAGGAGUUCAAGCGUUUGGUGCGCGAGAUUGAUGGAGCCGUUCAUGGGGGUGUGGUGGAGCAGCCGCGUCCACUCAUGGAAUGUCCGCUGGACACACCCACAACAACAGCACUAACAGCAACAACAACUCCAGGAACAGUAACUCCAGCCACAACAGCUACAACAGCAAUAACAACAACCACAUCACCACUUAAACGUCAGAAUUCGCGACAGCGCAAAAGUUUUGCCUCCUACUUUUUGCCGCGUCGCAACUCGACCAAAGAGCCAAAGACUGAGCUGGAAUUGGAAACGGUGGUAAGCAAGCCAGACUUGGAGUUGCAGGCAUAUGCCAAAAUGGCUGGCAGCAGCAGCAACAACAGCGUGAGUUCAAGUGCCAACUAUAGGCGUAACUUUAAGAUCUACGAUAAGCUCGUGUAUGGCACCAUCUAUGACAUCAUCCAGCGUAAGAAUGAUAUCUAUCAGCUGACAUACCAGAAGUACGACAAGUACAUGACCUAUGGCACCAUCUAUGAGAUACUGCAUCGCAAAACGUCGACAUCGUCGCAAGGCAGCAGCAAUUCGCUAACCAGCGGCAGCGGCUGCGACAAAUGGCAGCGAAAGAGUCUUAGCUCGAUUUUAGAACGCGACACAGCGACGUCUGUCAAAAUGCAUAAAUCAAACGAUGUGAUUUAUGAUAUAAUACAAAAGCAGCAGCAAAAGCGCGAAAAGGAACGUCAAGAGGAGCAGGAAAGAGUACGGCAACAACAACAACAGCAGCCGCAGCAGCAACAGAGUGAACAGCAACAACAGGAUGCAACUGACACAACUGCAAAUUUGGGCACACAUGUCACGCACAAAUAUGGCACAAUUUAUGACAUCCUACAAGGAGAGAAAUUGGAUGCCGGCUGCGGAGACGAGGCAAUUGCCGAGAGCAAACCAGUUGCUGUGGCGGCAACCACGACGCGUUUCGUGGUCAGCCAUGUGGAUGAGCAACAACAGCUCACGGACAACAACAACAUGUUGCAUGCCAUUCCGGCUGUGACACCUGCAACAACUGUUGCUGCCGUGGAGCAACCACAACAAGCCAGCAAAUGCAGCAAAAUGCGACGUUUGUCCAACAUUCUUAGCUACAGUAAAUCAAGCAACAACCAUGCUACACAGGAGUCAACAACAGCUAACAAUGAGCAACAACAGCAGCAGCAACAGCAACAUCAGACCAAACGCAGUCAGGCCAAGCGACGUGUUGGCGUUAGCAAUCUGCUGUUGCCUCUCGACUCCGAGGAGCUCUACACCCGCAUCAUUGCCCAGCAACGACGCGAGGGCAGCACCAGCAGCAAUUCGAGCAGCGAUGCCGAUUGCCAAAAGGGUUUAAUGAAAUCCAAUUCCUUGGAUGCCAUCUCCAUGUCUGUGGCCAUUUCGCCACCGGCAACACCUUCGCCACCGCGUCCACGACGCAGCCUCAAGCAGCACAAAUGCCUGCAACAGCAGCAGCAGCAACAACAAAUGCGACAGUUGCCGCCGCUGAUGAAGAAGCAUUCGCUGGACAAUUGUCCGGUGCCAAAGCAGCCGCUGCGUCGUUGGUCCAAUCAAACGAUACUCAAAUGCACCUGCCAAGCGCCAGAGCCAGAGUCACUGCUCAUCCAUUGCACUUGUCCAACGGCAGCGACAACAGCAACAGCAACCACCACUGCAUUGUCUGUCAUUGAGAAGUGCCGCUCUCUGCCCGCAGCCUGCUCGCAUACGUGCGUUAAUUUAAUUGCCGCCGUUGCCGGUUGCCGUUGCGAUGCGACGGCGGCCACACCAAUAGUCAAGUCUAACAGCAAAAAUCCAGCAACAAACACGAAAUCCACAACAACGAAUACAACAACAUCACCAACGACAACAACAAAAACAACGACGACGACGAGCAAGAAAGGCAAAUCGCGUCGACUUUCGGAAUUUACGCGUGGUGAAUUUUUAAAUGAAAAAUCCUGGUACUUCCGCAAAAUCAAACGCAUUGAGGCUGAGAAAAAACUGUUACUGCCAGAGAACGAGCACGGUGCAUUUUUAAUUCGCGAUUCCGAGAGCCGCCACAAUGACUACUCGCUAUCAGUGCGCGAUGGCGAUACGGUUAAGCAUUACCGCAUCAGACAAUUGGAUGAAGGCGGUUUCUUCAUUGCCAGACGCACAACAUUCAGAACCCUACAAGAGCUUGUCGAGCACUAUUCCAAGGAUUCGGAUGGCCUGUGCGUCAAUCUCUGCAAACCUUGUGUACAGAUUGAGAAACCUGUCACCGAGGGCCUAUCACAUCGAACUCGUGAUCAGUGGGAAAUCGACAGAACAUCGUUGAAAUUCGUACGUAAAUUGGGAUCUGGACAGUUCGGUGAUGUCUGGGAGGGACUGUGGAACAACACAACGCCCGUGGCGAUUAAAACGCUGAAAUCAGGCACAAUGGAUCCCAAGGACUUUUUGGCCGAGGCUCAAAUUAUGAAGAAACUGCGUCACACAAAGCUCAUUCAACUGUAUGCUGUGUGCACCGUUGAGGAGCCCAUCUACAUCAUUACGGAGCUAAUGAAGCACGGCUCCCUCUUGGAAUAUCUGCAAGCAAUUGCAGGCAAAGGUCGUAGUAUCAAAAUGCAAACGCUCAUCGAUAUGGCUGCCCAAAUAGCCGCUGGCAUGGCAUAUUUGGAGUCACAGAAUUACAUCCACAGAGAUUUGGCAGCUCGAAAUGUUCUUGUGGGAGACGGCAACAUCGUGAAGAUUGCCGAUUUCGGUCUGGCACGACUAAUCAAGGAAGAUGAAUACGAGGCACGUGUCGGUGCCCGAUUCCCCAUUAAAUGGACUGCGCCGGAGGCGGCCAAUUACAGCAAAUUCUCAAUCAAAUCAGAUGUGUGGAGCUUUGGCAUUCUACUCACCGAACUGGUCACCUAUGGACGUAUACCCUAUCCCGGCAUGACCAACGCCGAAGUAUUAACCCAGGUGGAGCAUGGAUAUCGCAUGCCCAUGCCACCGAACUGUGAACAGCGUUUGUAUGAGAUAAUGCUGGAGUGCUGGCACAAGGAUCCCAUGCGCAGACCCACAUUCGAGACCCUGCAAUGGAAGCUGGAGGACUUCUACACAUCCGACCAGAGCGACUACAAAGAAGCACAGGCUUACUGAUAAAUGCUUUAUGCGCCCGCUGGCAAACGCAGCAGCUGCAAUAAGGUGGCGCCAGGAGCUGCAGCAGCUGGCCAAGUGGAGCAAGGCAACUAUGUCAAAGCAAAUGCAUAAACGACGACUGCGCCAAUCAUCCCAACACGGACAAUUCUUAUUUAGUUACUUACUUCAGUUUUGCACAGAUUUUCUACCGCAUUAUACAAAAGAGAAAAUAACACAAAAAAAAAAAACAAAUGAAAAAAACAGAUUCCCUAAACUGCAUGGGUUAUAUGUAU